GAUUGCAAUGGAAGGCUGGGCUUGUGUGCAUUGUAGGCAGCCACUGCCUUGGCUUUGGGAGGCCCCUUUCCCAUAGCUGUUCUCUGCCUCUUGCAGCUGCAGGCAGCAGCAUCACUUGCAUGUGGAUAUGAAGCCCUGUGUUUCCCAGGCUGACUGGUGACAACCUCCGCAGUGAUUUUUGCUCAGGACAUACACAAGGACCCCCUUUUCCUGCACUGAUGCUUAUCUGUUGGAUUGAAGAUGACAAAUGAAAAGACCACAGUGACUUGAGCUUCUCCGCUGAACAUUCUGGGGGACAUUUAUUACGUGCAGUAUGCAACAUCCUUUGGCUGUCUGGGUGUGCUGAGAGUUGUAGUUUUGCAGCAGCUGGAGGCGCACUGGUUGGGAAACGCUGCUGUAGUGGGUUCAGAACAUCAUCAGGGGACCCUGUGGAAUACAUCAUCAGAAGGCUUGAGAAAGGACGUAGCAGCGUCUGAAACAGCUGUCGUCUGAUUGCAGCUCCCCUGCCCGCACGCUGCAUAUCCCCGCUGCUAUGAAUUGUAUGCACCAAAGAAAAUAAACCACAGUUGCACUACAGUGGAUGUUAUUGAUAUGAUAUUGAUCUCAGACCAAGAGGAUAGAGUGGACAUCUGCAUGUCGAGUGUUCAAUCUACAUGUUAAGAUGUUUAUGUGUCUUCACUGAUGAUAUCAGAUGAGUCAAGAAUUAUUCUAUAAAAAAAAAAGGACAAAAAAAUGGAAUUUCUGAAACUCCGACAGAACAACAAUUAGCGAUCAUUGUAUUCAAGACAUUUCUCCAGAAUUCAAAAAUGCCUCUCAACUGAUAUGUUGCAACCAUUGGGCAAGAAAAUGAUCAAGGUCCCAGGGAGACAGUCUACAGGAAAGAUCUUCUAGAAGACUGACGAAGCGAUGGCCUCAAAGGUGUCAUGUUUAUACAUUUUGACAGUAGUGUGUUGGGCCAGCGCUCUUUGGUACUUAAGUGUCACCCGUCCAACAUCCAACUACACAGGUUACCGGCUGAACAAGGUCGUCAUAUCUCAAAAAAACAUUUCCUUUGGUAAUAUAAGAACUCGACCCAUAAACCCUCAUUCCUUUGAGUUUGUGAUCAAUGAACCUGAGAAAUGUGAGAAUAACGGGAGUCCUUUUCUGGUCAUUCUGAUAAGCACAACCCAUAAGGAGUUUGAUGCGAGGCAAGCGAUUCGAGAGACUUGGGGCAAUGAAAGUAACUUCAAAGGUAUUAAAAUUGUGACACUUUUUCUUCUGGGUAAAAAUGCUGACCCUGUUUUGAAUCAGAUGGUGGAGCAAGAAAGUCAGAUAUUUCAUGAUAUUGUCGUAGAAGAUUUCAUAGAUUCUUAUCAUAACCUGACUCUCAAAACCUUGAUGGGCAUGAGGUGGGUGGCCACAUUCUGCUCAAAGGCCAAAUAUGUUAUGAAAACAGACAGCGAUAUUUUUGUAAAUAUGGACAACCUGAUAUACAAACUACUGAAACCAACCACCAAACCUAGAAGAAGAUACUUCACUGGUUAUGUCAUCAAUGGAGGACCUAUAAGGGAUGUCCGCAGCAAAUGGUACAUGCCAAGGGACUUGUACCCGGAGAGUAAUUACCCCCCUUUUUGUUCGGGAACUGGAUAUAUAUUCUCUGCUGAUGUAGCGGAGCUCAUUUAUAAAACUUCCCUCCAUACAAGACUUUUACAUCUGGAGGAUGUGUAUGUUGGCCUUUGCUUACGAAAACUGGGAAUACACCCCUUUCAAAACAGUGGUUUUAAUCACUGGAAAAUGGCCUACAGCUUGUGUCGCUAUCGGAGGGUCAUCACGGUGCACCAGAUUGGCCCUGAGGAAAUGCACCGGAUUUGGAAUGACAUGUCGAGUAAAAAACAUCUGCGAUGUUGAGUUUUUUGUGUCAUGUUGGUUUUGUUUUGUUUUUUUUGUUACUUGGACAUGUAAAGACUUUUCUACAACUUUUUCACUUUUGCUGGCGAUUACAGACUUUGAGACACCAGUUUCUCAUCCAAUGUAAAAAGUUUUGAGGAUAGUUUUUUUUCUGAUGACUUGAAAAUACAAUCUGGACUCAACACAACAUCACAAUCUGUAUAUCAUUUCAAUGAGUGCAAUAUUAUCAAGUAUUCAAAAUGUAACCUGUAUGUAGCCAUUUGUGUCCCCCAUGUGACACUCUGAAAAUAUUUGUUUACUGGACAUAUUUGACUGUACUGAGAAUGUUCUAUGCGCUUAGCCAGGAGAAACAUUGUGUGUUAUUAUAUUUUAACUGUGUUUCCAAUUCAGCAGUAUUUUGAAAAAAUAAACAAAUGAAUAAUAGACCUUCUAAAAAUCACAUGCUUACCUUAUACACAAUAUCAUCCAUAUAUGCCAAAAAUAUACAGUAGUAGCAAAUCUCACUGUAUAAUGGUCAAAGGUAUAUAUAGAAAUGAUUAGGCCCCAAAUCAAAAAGUUAAAGCUGCCCUAAUUCUUUUUUAAAUAUUUUUUUGUGAUGAGUACAAACUGUUUUUUUAUUAUAAUUUUUUUUUUACACAUAUAGCUCCAUAAAUUUAGCUUCCCAUUAUAUAAUAAAGUUAAAUGAUAAAUUCUGGUUACCAACAUCCACCACUAGGGGGAGCCUAUUGUCAGUAGAUCAAUACAGCCUGGAUUGAACCCAAAAGGAGAUGUAAAAUCUAAUUCCAAAUGAUAUAAAAUUGUGUCAGGAUUCUGUUUAGUGCUGUGCCAUGUAGCAGUCACGCUGCCUAGAUUUAUAGAAGGUAUUCAACUGAGAAUGUACUAAGUCAUUUUCUAAAGUAUUGUAGAUUAGUGAGUUCCUAAUCAGUUUACACAAUAGUUAUUAUGCCUAGUAUACAAAGCAAAAACAAAUUUUUCUUCCUAAGAUAAGGAAACUACAGUAUGUCUUACAGUAUGUCCGCCCCGCCAUAAGGUGAUUUUAGUACUUACCUGCCAGACAGUAAUGGACAUUCUUAGGAAGGAUCCAUACUUGUCUUGGGCUUAAAUUGCUGUGUUGUGAGAUUACCAUAACACUGUGGCUAGCUUUUGUUAACUGGCUGUUUCCUGUUGGAGCUUGUUACCUAAAACUAUACAUCCCAUGAUUCCUUGUUUGUAAGUGUGAGGUCAAUUUUCCUGCCUCCCACGCAUUAACCACCCAACCCAUUGAAACACACCUGUGAUCCAUUUCAUGCAAUAGACCAGUGUUUUCUGACAAGGGUGCCUCCAGCUGUUGCAAAAUUACAAUUCUUGCAGAAUGAACUACCUCCCACCCAUCAUUAGCUCCACCCAUUGAAGCAAAGACAGGCUCCCUCUGAAUACCAAACUAGUGAUGUAAUGUCUCGGGCCGCACUGCAACCUGGAAAAAUCUGAGACGACACAAAUUUUGUAUGCUGUUAAAAAUACCGUCACACACAGGUACAGACACUAUAUAAUGAACUACACUAACUUUACAGCCCCUGUAGCAUAGUCCUUUAAGCACAUUGCUUUCCCCCAGACAAUGUAACAACUUUACUUAAAGACACAUUAUAGGUGUCUACCCAGUUCUAGACCUACCGUAUUUUUCGCCCUAUAGGACGCACCGGCGUAUAAGACGCACCCUAUUUUUAGGUGCAAAAUCUAAAAAAUUCAAGAUUUUGAACCCAAUAGUGGUCUUCAACCUGCGGACCUCCAGAUGUUGCAAAA